AAUACAAACGUAUGUUUGGUGAUUUGAUGUAUUUGUAAAUUUGUUAUUCGAAUCAAAUAACUUUUGGAAGUGACCGAGUGAAGGUGCAAAAUUCUCAGUGAAAUUUUUCAAGUUUUUUGGCGAAAAGGCAACUUACAUCAUGCCUAAUAAGAUCGAAGUCGCCAUUGACAACGACGCCGAUUUAUCUGUGUGCGUCUCAAAAAAAUCCGAAAGUUCUGUGGCUGCCUAUGGAUACAACGGAGACAAAGGAUGCAACUAUGGAGGGGACAAAGGAUACAAUUAUGGUGGCGGUAAUGGUGUAGCAGCUUACAAUUAUGGAGGUGGAUGUGAAGGAUAUGGUGGAGACAAAGGAUACAAUUAUGGAGGUGACAAAGGAUACAACUAUGGUGGAGGAAAUGAGGUUGCAGCUUACAAUUAUGGAGGAGGAUGCGAAGGAUAUGGUGGAGACAAAGGAUACAAUUAUGGAGGUGACAAAGGAUACAACUAUGGUGGAGGUAAUGGUGUAGCAGCUUACAAUUAUGGAGGUGGAUGUGAAGGAUAUGGUGGAGACAAAGGAUACAAUUAUGGAGGUGACAAAGGAUACAACUACGGUGGAGGUAAUGGUGUUGCAGCUUACAAUUAUCAAGAUGGAUGUAAAGGAUAUGGUGGAGACAAAGGAUACAAUUAUGGUGGUGACAAAGGAUACAACUAUGGUGGAGGUAAUGGUGUUGCAGCUUACAAUUAUCAAGAUGGAUGUAAAGGAUAUGGUGGAGACAAAGGAUACAAUUAUGGUGGUGACAAAGGAUACAACUAUGGUGGAGGUAAUGGUGUUGCAGCUUACAAUUAUCAAGAUGGAUGUAAAGGAUAUGGCGGAGACAAAGGAUACAACUAUGCUGGUGGAAAUGGUGUUGCAGCAUACAAAAGUCCGAUAAAAUACGAUACUCCAAUAUCAGAUGCCCUUGUUACUGCAUCACGUGCUACACAAGCUGCCAGGCAAGUUGGCCCCGCUAUUUAUGCAGGCAAAGCACUUGGCAGAGCAAUUAUGGCAGCAGCUGAGAAAGGAAUAUCAGUUAAAAAUUAUGAUGGAGGAAACAAUGGAUGCAAUUAUGGUGGAGAUAAAGGAUACAAUUAUGGUGGCGACAAGGGAUACAACUAUGCUGGAGGUAAUGGUGUUGCAGCUUACAAUUAUGAUGGUGGUUGCCAAGGGUAUAGUGGAGAAAAAGGAUACAAUUAUGGUGGUGACAAAGGAUACAAUUAUGGUGGUGAUAAAGUAUACAACAAUGGUGGUGGUAAUGGUGUUGCAGCUUAUAAUUAUGGGGGUGGUUGCAAAGCAUAUGGUGGAGACAAAGGAUACAGUUAUGGUGGUGACAAAGGAUAUAAUUAUGGUGGAGGUAAUGAGGUUGUAGCUUACAAUUAUGGAGGUGGAUGUAAAGGAUAUGGAGGAGACAAAGGUUACAACUAUGGUGGAGGAAAUGGUGUUGCAGCUUACAGUUAUGGAGGUGGAUGCCAAGGAUAUGGUGGUGACAAAGGAUACAAUUAUGGUGGUGACAAAGGAUACAACUAUGGUGGAGGUAAUGGAGUUGCAGCUUACAGUAAUGGAGGCGGAUGUCAAGGAUAUGGUGGUGACAAAGGAUACAGUUAUGGUGGUGACAAAGGAUACAACUAUGGUGGAGGUAAUGAAGUUGCAGCUUACAGUUAUGGAGGCGGAUGUCAAGGAUAUGGUGGUGACAAAGGAUACAACUAUGGUGGAGGUAAUGGAGCUGCAGCUUACAAUUAUGGAGGUGGAUGCCAAGCAUAUGGAGGAGACAAAGGAUACAAUUAUGGUGGUGACAAAGGAUACAAUUAUGGUGGUGACAAAGGAUACAACUAUGGUGGAGGUAAUGGAGUUGCAGCAUACAGUUAUGGAGGUGGAUGCCAAGCAUAUGGAGGAGACAAAGGAUACAAUUAUGGUGGUGACAAAGGAUACAACUAUGGUGGAGGUAAUGGAGUUGCAGCUUACAGUAAUGGAGGCGGAUGUCAAGGAUAUGGUGGUGACAAAGGAUACAGUUAUGGUGGUGACAAAGGAUACAACUAUGGUGGAGGUAAUGGAGUUGCAGCUUACAGUAAUGGAGGCGGAUGUCAAGGAUAUGGUGGUGACAAAGGAUACAAUUAUGGUGGAGGUAAUGGUGUUGCAGCUUACAAUUAUCAAGAUGGAUGUAAAGGAUAUGGCGGAGACAAAGGAUACAACUAUGGUGGAGGUAAUGGUGUUGCAGCUUACAAUUAUCAAGAUGGAUGUAAAGGAUAUGGUGGAGACAAAGGAUACAACUAUGGUGGAGGUAAUGGUGUUGCAGCUUAUAAUUAUCAAGAUGGAUGUAAAGGAUAUGGCGGAGACAAAGGAUACAACUAUGGUGGAGGUAAUGGUGUUGCAGCUUACAAUUAUCAAGAUGGAUGUAAAGGAUAUGGCGGAGACAAAGGAUACAAUUAUGGUGGUGACAAAGGAUACAAUUAUGGUGGUGACAAAGGAUACAACUAUGGUGGAGGUAAUGGUGUAGCAGCUUACAGUUAUGGAGGUGGUUGCCAAGCAUAUGGUGGUGACAAAGGAUACAGUUAUGGUGGUGACAAAGGAUACAACUAUGGUGGAGGUAAUGGAGCUGCCGCUUACAGUUAUGGAGGUGGUUGCCAAGCAUAUGGUGGUGACAAAGGAUACAGUUAUGGUGGUGACAAAGGAUACAACUAUGGUGGAGGUAAUGAAGUUGCAGCUUACAGUUAUGGAGGUGGUUGCCAAGCAUAUGGUGGAGACAAAGGAUACAGUUAUGGUGGUGACAAAGGAUACAAUUAUGGAGGAGGUAGUGGAGUUGCUGCUUACAAUUAUGGAGGUGGAUGCAAAGGAUAUGGUGGAGACAAAGGAUACAAUUAUGGUGGUGACAAAGGAUACAACUAUGGUGGAGGUAAUGGAGCUGCAGCUUACAGUUAUGGUGGCGGUUGCCAAGCAUAUGGUGGUGAAGAAGGAUAUAAUUAUGGUGGAGGCAAUGGAGCUGCAGCUUACAAUUAUGGAGGUGGUUGCCAAGGAUAUGGAGCAGACAAUGGAUACAACUAUUCUGAAGGAAAAUGUGUUACAGCAUACAAUUCUCCUAUACUACAAGGUGCUCAGCAAGCCAUGUCACAAGUCUUUAAGCAAUUUGAUGAUAUUGGCAAGACUACUGUUCAGGGUGCAGCCAAAGUAGCUAAAGAAGCAUUAAAAAUGCCAAAGUUUUAAUGGAGACAAAGGAU